AUUCGAUUAGUGUGUGGAAUUUAGAGCGGAGCAACUGUCGCCGGAACAAACGUCAUGGAACCACGCCACUGCCUUCGUUGAGAGCUCGAGCCUCCAGAAAAUAAGACAGCACCUAAAGUGAAAGGCGAUCUUGCAAAGUUAAAAAUGUGUGGACAAAGUUCAAUGUGUGUCCAUUGUUGAGAAUGCAUGGGGAAAGAACGAUCAAAUAUUACUAAAUAUCCCACUUGCAAUUUUGACAAGAAUUUGUAAGAUUACAAUGAUAAAGCAAACAUAAGAGCUGCUGCCGGUUCGAUGACAUGUGAGCGAUGUCCGACUGUACUUAAACGUUCAAACCCGGUGUCCAAAGUUCAGGUUAAGACUAAUUACUUGAGUAAUUAAUGAGAGAAAGCCCCAUAUGUAGCAUUCCUUAGCAGCGUGGGGUUGAGAAUCUUUCAUCCGUACCAGGGAAUUGAUCUCGUGAUCAGUUGUCAUGCUUGUGUCAUCAGCUCGCUAUUGUUUUUCAACUCUUUGCUGAAUCCCCUGAAUCCUAGUUGAUAAUGCUUACAUGGUUCACAUAUUGUGCAAUCGAAGGGUCAGAUAGUGUCAGGCCAGCCGGAUCGCAUGCUGUCCGCUAGAUCACGUACGUUCUUCCGACAGAAUCAAGUUCACGUCUUUCAUUGUCAUCACAUGGAAGCCAUAAAAUAAGCAUCAAUUCUAAUGUUUUGAAGAACAUUCACUCGUGACCGCUCAUUGUGCAUGUUGUAUUGAUCGAGGCACCUGGCUAAUGGUACUCGUAAAUAUAUUAUGAAAGGUACCUUGAUUCACCGUUAAUAACUCCAUACCCUGAGUCUCUGGAUAAAAAAGACUUAUAUUGUUGUCAAUCAUCUAGGACACUUCUGAAUGUGACUAUACAUCUCACGUUUGCUCACUCGGACAUAUUUUCAGCUUUUGUAAAAUCUUCUCUCAACACCAUGGAUCUCCCAUCACCAUCGUUCGUCAGGGAUUUGAAGCGUCGCCUCUUCUUACCCCUGGUAAUCUUCACCGAGAUCUUGGGGGUGCUAGCUGUUGUCCUAGUAGGUGUUUGGGUUGCGUAUUAUCCUCUGCGGUCCGGAUUUCAUUGGGACACCCUAGGAAAGAUCUAUAUCCACCCUUUUAUGAUGACUUUGGGAAUGGUGUUUGUUUUCGGGAACAGUACACUCAUCUAUCGAGUCGGCGCCUUGAUUCCAAUCCGACGAAGGGUCAUCAAAGCUUGCCAUGCAGGCAUGAUGGUGAUUGUGAUCACAUGCACAGCUUUGGGUAUCUACCUCGCCGUUACAUCAAUCGUCGGGAAGAGGCUACAGAACGUCCAUGCCGUGUUGGGCAUUGCGACAACCACUUUGUUCGUUUUACAGUUUCUAUGUGCGUUGUUUAUCUUCGUCAUACCUUUGGCGCCUAAAUGGAUCAAAGAGUCAUACAUGCAUCUUCAUGCUUUCUUUGGAACAUUGACUUUAGUCUCUGCUACGGCUACUUGUCUCACGGGUGUACAGUUUGGUCAAAGUUUUUUCGGCAACCAUCCAGCCAUCUCACUGUCUUUAACCAUCAUAAUACCGGCCUUCACAGCAACUGUCACGUACAUUCUCAGCAAUGAGGUCUACAGGGCAAAGAAUUCUCAAAUCAAUUAACAAAUUGUCUGCUGAUUUUUUGUGAAUCACAUGAGCUUUUCUUGGGAAGAGCUGGUUCCAGGGUUCCAGCACGCAACGGUUAGAGUCACCCGGAAUCAUCGUUGAGCGCGGCCAUGUUUGGGCCAUUUACGAAAUACGGUGUCAGUACCAACCAGAGAAAACGUAAAAUGUGGCCUUUAUAGACAGGCGACUGCUCAUAGAAUUUUCCUUUAUAGUCCAGUAGAUAUGUGAAAAAGAUGCUCGAAUCUGGCAGAAAGUGUGAAAGUUGUCAUACAGGGGUAUUUUUGGGCGCUGAUUUCAAAAAUUGCCGGCCCCAAGCGAUUUGACCAUCGGGUCGGCCGCCAUUUUGAAAUCCAAGAUGGCCGCCAUGAUAAAUAAUUAAAUGUCAAUUUCUUGAGUUUUACAUGACAUGUGACACUGAAAUUUGGCAUAUAGGGGUAUUUUGAGGCACUGAUUUCGAAUAUAGCCGGCCCCCAGCAAUUUGACCAUUUGGUCGGCGGCAAAAUGGCCGCCAUCUUGAAAUCCAAGAUGGCCGCCAUGAUAUAUUAUUGCAAUCAUUUUCUCGAGUUUUAUAUGAACUGCGGUAUUGAAAUUUGGCAUAUAGGCUUAAUUUGGGGUGCUGAUUUCAAAUAUUGCCGGCCCCAAGUGAUUUGACCAUCGGGUCGGCCGCCAUUUUGAAAUCCAAGAUGGCCGCCAUUUUGAAAUCAUUAAUGUAAUUUUCUUGAGUUUUACAUGACGUGUGACACUGAAAUUUGGUAUGUUGGGGUAUAUUUAGGCAAUGAUUUCAAAUAUUGCCGGCCCCCAGCAAUUUGACCACUUGGUCAGCGGCUAAAUGGCCGCCAUUUUGAAAUCCAAGAUGGCCACCAUGAAAAAUCAUUAAAUGUCAUUUUCUUGAGUUUUACAUGAUAUGUGACACUGAAAUUUGGCAUAUAGGCUUAAUUUGGGGUGCUGAUUUCAUGCUGCAAAAUGGCCACCAUCUUGAAAUCUAGAGAGGAUCGACUGUCAUGAAAAUUCAUUAAAAUCAUUUUCUUGGUUUUAAAUAAUUUGAGGCACUGCAUUUUAGACAUACAGGCAGGUUUUUGGCCUGCUGGUUUCAGAAUAUUGCUCCAAUAAUUGUGAUAUUUUAUAACAAAUCGACAUGAAGAAAACUGCUCCAGACUUGAAGUACUGAUGGUUAUAUAGUGGUAUGAUGAUGAUGAUGAAAUUAAUAUUAAUGAUGGAUAAUAAUAAUACAUAUUUUAUUGUUCAAAAUAGAAUUCAGUAACAGAAAUGCUCCGAAAAUUUAUUUUGCCCAUACCUUGUAGAUCGUGAGCCCGGCAGCAACUUAGCAGCGCCACAUCGGACAUUGCUCUAUUCCUUAAAAAGGGAAGUUCACCCCGGAUAAAAGUUUGUUGAAAAAACACAAGAAAAUAUGAUAUAAAAAAUCCAUUUAAGAUAUCAGAAUUUUAAGUUUUUGAUUUGUAACGUCAUAUACUGUACGAGCAGCUGCCCCAUUAUGUUGUGUGAUAUAAAAUGCAUAAAUGGUUCAUCAUGGUUAAUUUUUUUCUUUCUGGAGCGGGUGUGAAAUCAUUUGUUUGUUGAUAUACUGAGGGUUCAAUGAAAAACAUUUUCAUUUUUUUUAGGAGGCUACAUUUCAUUGAUUUUUGUACUAUAAGAAACAUGGGGGAACUGCUUGCAUCUCACGUCACAAAUACACUAAAUAAAAUUCCAAUAGCUUUUUAAAUAUUUGAUGGAAUUAAUUUCCUCAAACCUUCAAUAUUUUUUUCAUUAUUUAUUCUGUUAUUGUUUCAAUAAACUUUUUGUCAGGGUGACCUUCCCCUUUAAUUCGUUGACCGCCAAACAGGGUAGAAGCAACUCCCCUCUUUUAACAUCGUUUGGUCUGAUGAUGUCGGAGCUUGAUCUCCCGAUUGUGAGGCGAACAUGCUCCCAUUGUCAGAUUGUCAAACACGCGAUGGUUAUCAAUUGAAUCGUUCAAAAGUAAUUCCUGGAGAUCGGUAAGAUUCACUUUCAACCGCCUAGCAUAUAAAUGAUUGAUAUCAAUAAUAAAUGGAUUACCAUCAGUUAAACCAUACAUGAAUUUUGAUUCGUGCUAUCAUAUUGUACUUA